AUGGCAUCGCCGACUCUUGCUGACCAGGCUGGUCAAGCAAAGCGCCAGCCGGCUGAUUCGCCUGGAUACCUGACGGAGAGGCAAUUCCUUGACCCGACUUCUCGUCAAUCACCGAAGGAACAGGGAGCUCAGAAUGCUACGAGCUCUAAUGAGAAGCUGACUGUCAGAGCUUUGAUUCAGCAAUUAGCUCAAAUGGCGUCACUAAAUCCUAACCUUCGAAAGCUGAUGCAACGAGUCGCAGAUGGAAAGGCUCAACCCCAAGAGCUCGCUCGUUUUCAACGGAUUGUUGACAAUACACAGGGGAAUUUCGUGUUUCGAAAGCGGAAUGGUCAGCAGGGCCAUUCGCCCACCAAAGACAUGCAGCAGCCAGUCCCAGGCAUGCUACCUAGAUGUAGUGGGCCAAAUUACGACGCUGCAUCUUUUGCCUCAAGGGUCACAGUGACAAGUAAACAUUCCAUCAACGAUCACUUAUGGUCCCAAGACAACGAGAAGAGGACCAUAAGUAGUGAUAAUGCGUUAAAAUUGGAAGAAAUAGAAGGGAGUUACUCGCAGUCCCUGCCGACUCCUGCGAAGCAAGAAGCCCCUUUCACUGAUUCCGGAUAUGCGUCAGGGAUCGACGUUAGCAAUCUCCCGGGAAUGGAAUUGGGAGGUGCUAAUACACCUGGCUAUGACGGAAAUGACCUUGAUGCUAGAACCGUAUACUCAGGAGCGAGCAGUGUGGCAAUGGAUCAAGCGCAGCGGUAUAUCUCCGAGUUGUCCAGCACUAUCCAUAGUAAACUCAGCGGGAGUAUCGACUUGGAUCACUGGAUGUCACUGUCCGAACGCCUCUUGGGCCUUAUCAAAGAUUUUUCUAUCAAACUUGGCCUUGAAUCCUCGGACCAGGUGAACCGGGACAGAAUGCACUUCGUACACAAACGUAGCCGGGAGAUUGCAACGCAACUUGACUCAAUGGUCCUCUGUGUCGACGCUUCGGCAGAGAAUACGGACAAGAGAGACGACAUGCCCUUAAGCGAGAAGAUAGCCCUGUGGAACAGCAAGGCGACGGAAGUAGGGACCUCUCUCAGCGACAACGAGCUUUUCGUGGGGGUUACGGACGAAGAAGAUACCAUAGACACGGCGGAACUAUCGAAGUACAACAAGACCGUCAUAGAGAGCAAGUCAUUCAAGUGGCUUAUCGAUAGCCUGCGAAGAGAAUUGGCCCUCAGGCGAGAUUUCGAUGAGUCGGAAGGUUUCAACCAUCGUGAAAUUCUACGGCGUAAGAUCUUAGAGAACCUUCCAACCGGCAAGAUUAGUAAACGCCGACCACCAAACACUCACUCCGUAACAUUUCGAGUGCCGGGAUGGGUACUCCUUGGCGCAGCCGGUCUCAACCUGUUCAGAUCUGAAAGCCCCCUGCACGAGGCCAUUGUCAUAACCAUUUGCUCCGGAGAUGCACAGGCAGCAUCCGUAGAGGAUUACAUGAAGCAAACAUGGCCUUCAACCUGGAGAACGAUCUUCAACUUGGUGCAUUGGGCGUCUGUCGGUGAUAGUGGCAGAAUUUACAAAGAGAUUUUGCAUGACAGGACCCGGGUAUCAGCAUCUUCUGAAGACGGUACUCUCAUAAUGAACCUCCACGGUACUGCACACACCAUUGCAGAGUGCGGUGAGCAGCUUGCAUGGCUGCAGACUUCAUUUGCAAACGCCCCUCCUCACCAAUCAAUGGACAAUGUCCUACAACGGAUUCCCGGGCGUGUAUGUUUUGAUAUCGGGGUCGGUAAACCUCCUUUCGACGAGUUUUCACUCUUGGAACAGUCUCAAUGGAUAGAGUUACUAAGAAACGACAACGUUGUUCUUAUUCCCGGGUAUCCUAUCUUGCGCCGACCGAAGGCUUUCAACGGUAUUGAAGUCUCUCCUCACCAUCUCCUAGAUUUUCUAGGAAAAGACUCCAGAUCCGCUUCCAAAGUCAGUUUGGAUGGGACACGAAAGAAGCUUUCUCUUGUGAAGCAAGUGCAGAAUGUGUAUCUCUGGCAUGAAACCCCGAGUGCUCGGAAAUUAUCUUGCGUUUGCUCGAAACCUAGCAAUCAGGCACACAAAGGUGCAUAUAGCAGGAGAAAUAUUGAUCUAGAGAAUAUCCUGAGCGGCCGUCAUAUCAUUGAGCAAUGCCGAGAAUCCCGUCUGGAUGCAGAUGACUCCGUGUCAACAGUAAGAAGAGAAUUUACAUGUAGGUUCAAAGACGAUGGAGGCCUGCACCCCAGCUCCUCUAGCUCAUUGGCAAUGGACUCACAUGGAGCUGAGUCCCCGAAGAGCACAGCGUCGUCGGGGAAGCUCACAGGGGAAAUUGGAGACAUAGACAUUGUCACCAGACUUUCGUGGGACAAUGAUGCCAAUUCCCGGGUUUCGUGCCAAUGCUCAUACGGGAUUCAUCCGUGUGAAUCGACCGAAUCCUUGUUGGAAUCUGACUUGCUGUCGAUGUCGGAAUCAUCGGAAAAACUUCAGCCCCUGGGAGGUGACAAUCCGAUACGGGCAGUCUUGAAUACCGUGGUUUUCCGCCUCGUUUCAGGCUUUCAAUAUGCAGCUGACGGGGAGAACCCACCUUAUGGCAGUGGACAAGAUCACGGAAUGGCAGUUUCAUCGUCUUCUCGCAGCAUCGUGGCAUCUUUAGGGCCUGCAGAAAAAGGUGGAAAGAGGAAACAUGUCCAAAACGACGACUCAGACUCAGAAGAGGACGCGACCGAUCCAAGACCUUCCAAAAGGUCUAAGAAAACGUCACAGCACAUCAAGCUUCUGGCCUGUCCAUUUGGAAAGAUGAGCCCCAGCAAAUAUUUCGCCUGUUCACGAUUCCAGCUCAAACGAAUCCGGGACGUCAAGCAGCACCUGAAGAGAAAGCACACCCCCGACGAUUAUUGCAACCGCUGCCUGAGAAUCUUCGAUGACGAAGAAAGCCUCACGCAGCACGUGUCGCAACCAGACGGGUUCGGUUGCCAACUCGCGCCUGAGGGGAGAACGCUAGAUGGAAUUACCCACAGACGAAGCCGCGAUCUCUCUAGAAAGGCAAACGCGGAGUUGUCGGAAGAACAGCAAUGGUUCGCAAUCUGGGAUAUCGUUUUCCCCCAGAAGCCACGCCCUGAAUCCGCUUACCUAGAUUCCGCUUUUGCCAUGCAAGUUUGCCUAUUUCGGGAGCAUUGUGCGCGACACGCGGAGCCGCUCCUUGUCCAGAAUCUUCGGGCUGCUGGACUGUUAGAUGAAGGCAGGGUGGCCGCCGACCAGGAGCAGCUCUUAAGGAGAGUUAUUUCAGAGUCUUUGGAUUCCUUCUGCGAUACUUUCAGCACGAAUGGCUCUUCGGACUCAGGAAUAGGUCGAAACCGCAAUUUAACACGCAAUGAGACACCCGCUGCGUCAUUGGUAGACAGCGGUAUUGGGAUAGGAAGUCACUUCCAACCAAGGACAGUUCCAUUCGCAACUGCAUCCGUUUCACAGCAAAACAUCCGCCCAGUACCUACGGAUGUUCCAGCGGAUUUUCAAACAUUAGGGUCAGAAGAGCGGGCAGUGUUUGGCUCGCAAUCUUUUGCCAGUUUACAUCAACCGGGAGCCUUGGGCCAGUCCUUUACAGCGGAUUUCCCUCUUGAUCGCGAUUUACCAAGCGUGGAACAUAGGCCUGAUGGAUUUGGAAUGUUUGGCUACAACUUAUCAACGGUUUUGCCUCCCCUCGAACUUUCCUCGUGGCCCUUCCUACAGACAGAACUUAUCCCGCACGAAGAGGCACCCCAACCAAAUGUGAAAGUUGAGAUGGCAAAGACCAAGACUCGGAUGUCACGACACUUGCAAUUUCCGCUUGGCGGAGUGCCCACUCUCCAUAUUUUUCAGCUCGCCUGGGGACCUACAUGUAAGCUGAACGACCCUAGACAGAUACAUCAUCGAUGCUCUGCCCUCGAUCGCUACCAUAUCUUCUCUCACUUUAUCGCUGUUCUCCAUGUAGACCAAGCUAGGUUCGAGGAAGAUUCUUUGGAACGUCUCAAAAUGCGUGUCGUUUCGAGUUCAUGGCUCUUUGCCGUGACCGCCUCAGCCUCCCUAUCCGACAUCGCCUCCCUACGCUGCAGCUCCAGCGCCAUCCUUCCCACGCCCACGUACGACCUCAAAGGCGCGCUCUUCACAGUCUGCACCGAAGAAGUGAUUAACGCACCCAUUGACAAAAUCUACCCUGCGCUUCUCGACUUCCGCCGCUACAGUACCUGGAACACCUUUGUAAUCGACGUCGGCCUCCCGCCCGAUGUGCAGGGACCGGGGGACGUGUACGCCGGCCUAUCGAUGAACUUUACCACAGCUGGUAUCAUUCCCGGCGUCAAUACCUCCUCGACCGAGGUCAUCAGUUUACUUGCACCGGAUGUGCGCGGCAGUGACGACGGCGCUACACGAGCCGUCAACGUGUGGCGAAACGACGAUGGACUUGGUGGCACGUUUCUGCCGGCGGAGCAUCCGAACCUGUUGACGGAUUUGGGAAACGGGUCCGGUACUCUACAAGAAAGGUUUGAGACGCAGGGGAAAGACUCGAAGAGGUUCGUGGAGGGGAGCCUUCGUUAG